AUGGUAGAAACUGACCCCGGGCCCAAGAAACCUCACAAUUGUGAUGUAAAAGACGAACACCAAUUAAACGGCCCAGGUUCCAAAACCGUUGACCUUGGCGUCGUACCAUCGCUGAAGACAUCAGCCAAGUGCGACCCGGAAAAAGCCCCAAACUCAGAAAAAGCUGACUUCGAACGGGCUAUCGAAUUAACUGGCUAUGGACGCUUUCACUAUCUGCUGCUGGCAGUAUGCGGCCUUGUCAGCACCUCCGAAGAGAUGGACGUCAUCUCGAUGUCUUUCAUACUGCCCUCGGCGCAGUGCGACCUAAACCUUACCACUCAAACUAAAGGAUGGCUAAACAGUAUAAUAUUCAUCGGGAUGAUGGUGGGCGCGUACGCGUGGGGCUCGGUGGCGGACUCCGUGGGCCGCAAGCGCGUGCUCAUCGCCAUCUCCGUGGUCAACGGGCUCGCCAUUGUUGCCUCCUCCUUCAGCCAGAACUACGAGCUCUUUAUGCUGUUUCGCUUCAUUAACGGCGCCGCCCUAGGUGGAUCAGGUCCUGUGAUCUGGUCGUACUUCGCAGAGUUCCAACCUAAGAAGAAGCGUGGCGCCAUGUUGAGUUUCAUGGCCGCCUUUUGGACACUAGGCAACCUGUUUGUCGCUGGGCUUGCAUGGGUUAUUAUACCUAGCGAAAUCGGUGGAACAACGGGCGGUUUCGUUUACAACUCCUGGAGAAUCUUCUUACUAGUGAUGUCCCUCCCAUCUUUCUUAGUAGCUGCCCUUUUGUUCCUUUUGCCCGAAUCGCCUAAAUUCCUAAUCUCAACCGGUCGUCACGAGGCGGCAUUAGAAGUAUUCCGAGGCAUAUACCUCAUGAAUACCGGACGAAGUAAAGAAGAGUACCCAGUGAAACAGCUUUUAGUCGACGUGCCAGUUCGCGCGAAGCCGGAGAAGCAGCUGGAAGAGAAGGAACCUAAGUCGAAGAUGAGAAGAAUGUUAAGCGACAUCAUGGAGAACAGCAAACAGUUGUUUGUGCCGCCUAUACUCAAGUUCACUACGAUCUCCAUCACAAUCAACUUUACAUUCCACAUUGGGUACUACGGGCUGAUGAUGUGGUUCCCGGAGAUGUUCAACCGGUUCGACGAGUGGUCGCGCGCGAGCGGCGGCGCGGAGGCGGACAUCUGCGCGGUGACGGCGUACGUGACGCAGCGCGGCUCGCACUCGGCCGGCGCGCUCUGCGACGCGCACAUCCGCUCCGACGUCUUCAUGGACUCGCUCAUCACCGUCGCCGCCGCCAUACCCUCCAACAUAUUCGCCGUGCUCGGCAUGGACCGCCUCGGCAGGAAGUUCUUCUUAGUAUUUGCGACGUUCUCGGCGGGUUUCUGCUCGGCAGCGAUGUACUUCGUGUACAACAAGACAAACAACUUGAUUGUGAGCGCAAUCUUCAGCUCUGUCAUAUCCUGCGGUAACGCUUCACUCGACUGCCUCAUCACUGAAGUAUUCCCCACCAAUUUACGCGCGACGGGCGUGGCGGUGUCGAUGGUGGCGGCGCGGCUGGGCGGCAUCAUCGGCAACGUGGUGAUCGCGGCGCUGCUGGACACCUACUGCCCCGCGCCCACCUUCAUCGUGGCCGUGCUGCUCGCCGGCGGCGGCCUCAUGUGCCUCUUCCUGCCCAACACCACCAGACAAGCUCUGCAGUAG